UUUUAAAGUUUUGAUCCGUGAGUCAUAUACCUAUAAGCUCUCAUAGUGCAUCUAUGUGUGUUGUUUGUCUCGUGAAGUAAGCUUAUACAUUUAUAAGAUGGCUGAAGAUUGGAUAAAACCUGUUCGCAUUUCCUUGGGAGUGGCAAAUAUCAUUUUCAUUUUAGUCGGAUCCACACUCAUUGGCCUUGGAGUAUGGAUCUUCCUAGAUGCUGAAGAUUAUUUUGACGUUUUCGAUAAAGGCAGCCCUUAUGGUGUUUCCAUUGUAUCCAUAGUUACAGGAUCUUUGGUGGUGAUGGCUUCAUUUUUUGGCUGUUGUGGCGCGUUUGUAAGAAGUCGACUUCUUUUGAUCAUAUACAUUGGGACCUUGUUGUUUAUCUUAAUGGCGCAAAUCAUUCUUAUCGUUCUGGCGUUACAGUUCAAAGACAAGGUUGAUGCAAAUGUUAGAGAAGAGUUGAUCCCAGCCGUGAUGAAUAAAUAUGGGUUACAAAACCAGAAUGAUGUCACAAUAGCCUUAGACAGCAUGCAAAGAAACCUUGAAUGUUGUGGAGCAAAUGGUCCUAACGAUUGGAGUGGAGCCACAGCUUGGAAAGCUUCUAACACAAACGUUCUUUUCCCGAAAAGUUGUUGUAAAGACGCUGGCGUAAAUAAUUGUAACACAAUCAUUGCCAACGCUUUCACAAAGGGUUGUAUAACGGAACUGAAAAGCUGGGCCGAAGAAAAGUUUUUAAUCUUCUCAUCGGUCUCCAUCGCAUUGCUUUUUUUUCAGAUCUUUGGAAUUCUGAUUGGUGUUGCCUUGCUGCGAAUGACACCAAGUAGUAACGAGGAUAAAAAGACCUGAAGCAAAUAACUACUAAAUUAAAACAGUAAUGUGACAAACAACAACGAACGCAUGAAUAAUUUUUUUGUUAAAAUUUUAUAUAAAGCACUUCUUUUUGUACCAGUUAGUUUUUUGUGGGGAACAAAGUAUAAUACAAUUUGAAUA